CCGGGUGCAGCGCAUCCUCUUCAAUUCUCAUACAGAGGUUGAAUUCAUCAGCCAUACCAGGACUCAACAACCUGCUAAACCUAUUUUACGCCUUUACGAAGAUCAUUUUACUGACUCUAGGGGAGCCUGAAAAGACUAGGAACGAAAGGACGCCAUGGAUGAGGAAUAUGAUGUGAUCGUUUUGGGCACUGGUCUUACGGAGUGCAUCUUGUCUGGGAUCAUGUCCGUUAAUGGCAAGAAGGUUCUACACAUGGACAGGAACCCAUACUAUGGGGGAGAGAGUUCCUCCAUCACCCCCUUAGAGGAGCUGUACAAGCGCUUUGGCCUGAGUGACAGCCCUCCGGAGUCUAUGGGCCGAGGCAGGGACUGGAAUGUGGACCUCAUCCCCAAGUUCCUCAUGGCCAAUGGGCAGCUGGUGAAGAUGCUGCUGUACACAGAGGUGACUCGCUACCUGGACUUCAAGGUGGUGGAGGGCAGCUUCGUCUACAAGGGAGGGAAGAUCUACAAGGUGCCCUCCACCGAGACCGAGGCUCUGGCUUCCAACCUGAUGGGCAUGUUUGAGAAGAGAAGGUUCAGGAAGUUCCUUGUGUUUGUGGCUAACUUUGACGAGAACGACCCCAAGACCUUUGAGGGCGUCGAUCCCAAGACGACCUCUAUGAGAGACGUCUACAAGAAGUUUGACCUUGGCCAGGAUGUCAUCGACUUCACAGGCCACGCCCUGGCCCUCUAUAGGACAGAUGACUACAUGGAUCAGCCUUGCCUGGAGACCGUUAACCGCAUCAAGCUGUACAGCGAGUCCCUCGCCCGCUAUGGCAAGAGUCCCUAUCUCUACCCCCUCUAUGGGCUGGGAGAACUGCCGCAGGGAUUCGCCCGGUUAAGUGCGAUCUAUGGUGGCACUUACAUGCUGAACAAACCAGUGGAAGAGAUCGUGAUGGAGAACGGGCGUGUGGUUGGCGUGAAGUCAGAGGGAGAGGUCGCGCGCUGCAAGCAGCUGAUCUGUGACCCCAGCUACAUCCCCGACCGCGUGCGGAAAGCCGGUCAGGUGAUCCGGGUGAUCUGUGUCCUGAGCCACCCCAUCAAGAACACCAGCGAUGCCAACUCCUGUCAGAUCAUCAUUCCCCAGAAUCAGGUCAACCGGACCUCUGACAUCUAUGUGUGUAUGAUCUCCUAUGCACACAACGUGGCUGCCCAGGGGAAGUACAUCGCCAUCGUCAGCACCACUGUGGAGACGAGCGAGCCCGAGGCUGAGAUCGAGCCGGCCCUCGAACUGCUGGAGCCCAUCGACCAGAAGUUUGUGGCCAUCAGUGACCUCUACGAGCCUUCAGACGACGGAUCUGAGAGCCAGGUCUUCGCCUCCAGAACGUACGAUGCCACCACCCACUUCGAGACCACCUGCAACGACAUCAAAGACAUCUACAAGCGCAUGACGGGCAGUGACUUUGACUUUGAGAACAUGAAGCGCAAACAGAACGACGUGUUCGGGGAGGACGAGCAGUGAGCGGUGCCACAGUGUGUGUGUGUGCGUGUGUGUGUGUGUU